AUGUCCAUCCGGCAACCUCAAUCUAUGCAGCAAGACGAGAAUCACAUUGUCGGAAGACCGCCACCAUAUGAGCUUCACUUCUGGGGCGAUGGACUCGCUCCGCUGAGCCCGAUCCCUCUCUUGAUCCAUGCCUUUUUCAGCUUCUGUUUUACUGCUACGGGCGCCGCAGAGCUUGGUCGAAUCGAACCCGCCUACUGGGACGACCCUAUCCUCACGCAAUGUUCCAUGGCGAUAAUUUGGUUCUUCAUUCAAGUUGCAUCUCAAUUCAUCGCCCAAAUUGCCUUGAUCAGGUACGAGUGCCCAUGGGCCAUCCUCUGCGUUCUGAUCACGGCCACGGUUUCCGGAUACCUAGGUCUAAUUCAUAACGCUAUCCUUGUCCAUCUACCGUCGGCAAACGAGGAGGCAGAAGACCUGUUGCCGCCUUUCUUUCUCACUAUCAUUGCCAACGUGCCGUUGCUGUUAUACUGCAUGUAUUCGUGUGUUGGGAGUCUGGUACCACCAGCCCAUAACGCGAAUCAGUGUGCUCUUUCGUGCAGCAGAAUGACAGGGCCAGCAAAGAGCACAGUGGAGUAUAUGAAGCAGGAUUGUGAAGUGGAUUAUUCAGAGCUUUCUAUCAAGCAGAAAUUAAGCAGUUCUCCGGAUUGA